AUUUGUUACCUCAGCAUCCCCACAAGGCUCAUGUCCAAGCAGAGGGUUAAAAAAUGAUAACAAACAUGAGCUUCAGUGCUCAUUUUCCUCCCCCAAAUUCCCCAACCUCCAAAAACUCCAUCGCCAAAUCCUCUCCUUUCCCUCCAAAUUUAACACCCAAUCCACAAAACUCCAACACAAAACCAUUUCUUUUAUCCACUCUACUCCCCCUAGCCAUUUCACUCACCCUUUCCUCUCCAUUUCCUUCCUUGGCAAUCCCUUCUCUCAACUCUCCGUCCAAUUCUGUCUCACCUUCCACUCCUUUCUCUCAAUCCAAGAACUUGCCUACCGGAUUGGAAAAUGGAAAAAUUCGGCCUUGUCCGUCGAUAAAUCCGGGCUGUAUAUCGUCGAAUCCAAAAUCGUCAUCAUUUGCAUUUCCAUGGACAAUUCCUGAGAAUUCUCUGGAAAAUCCUAUUCAGAGAUUGCAAGAAGCAAUUCUAGAAACGCAGAAAAAUGUGAAGAUUCAGGUUGUUGAAGAUACACCAGAUGGCCAAUAUCUGCAAGCUGAGGUUGAUGGAGGGUUUGGGCGAGAUGUGCUAGAAUUUUUGGUGAAAGGAGAUGUGGUUUCUUAUAGGACUAUGGCCACAAAAGUGACCUAUGUCUACCCCUUCACCACUGCCUUAGGGAAUUCAAAGGGACAGGAAGAAAGAAUGAAGAAGAUCAUUGACCAGUUGGGGUGGUAUGCCCCAAGCUUUGAUUCCAUGGAUGACGGCCCAAUUUAUGAUUCCUUGGAAUAAAUUUGUUUCAUAAUGUGUGUCCCCAAGAGCUUUGAGAGCUUGCUGGCAUCAUACCCUUUUUUUUUCUUCUAUUAAUUUAUGUUUACAUAUCCAAUUUCAGAUACAACUGGCAUGUUCUUAUUUUUUUUAUGAUGGUUAAUGCUCAAGAAUUUGAUUCCAGAGAAAUGCAAUUUAUUCAUAUGAAUGUGAAUGUGAUUUUUUUCUUCUUUUA